AUGUCCACCAAUCCUCCCACCUACGCCGACCAGCAGGCCUGGAAAGACAUCCAGGCCUUCCUCCCCCCGCGACUGCACUUCACCCCCGAGCACUCCCCUGUCGAGGAGUGGUGGUCGCACCGCGGGCACGACCUGCACCUCGACCGGUGGCGCAACCCGUCCGCGCGGACCCGCGUCAUCCUGCACCACGGCGUCGGCACCAACGGCCGCCAAAUGUCCAUGCUCCUCGGCGUGCCGCUGCACGCCGCCGGCUUCGACGUCGUCGCCAUCGACAUGCCGGGCUACGGCUGCACGCGGGUCGCGCCGGCGAGUAAAGCGUACCCGUACGACGAGUGGGUGCAGAUCGGCAGCGACUUUGUCGACCGCGAGGCCGAGGGCGAUGCCCGCCCGGUCGUGCUGUACGGACUGAGCGCCGGCGGCAUGCUGACGUACCACAUCGCCGCGCGGAACCGCAAGGUCAAGGGGAUCAUCGGGAUGACGUUUUUGGACCUGCGUCUGCGGCAGGUCGCGGACGAGACGUCCCACGACAUCGUCGCGAGUCGUGCCGGCCUGCCGCUCGCGAAGCUGGCCAGCGCGACGGGCCUGCACUGGCUGCGCAUCCCGAUGUCGCUCGCGAGCAAGAUGUCCGCGCUGGUCAACGACGACAAGGCGCUCAAGAUCUUCCUCAAGGACAAGUCGUCGGCGGGGUCAUCCGCCACGACGCGCUUCCUGGCGACGUACAGCUCGUACGAGCCCGCGCUGGAGCCGGAGGAGUUUGACGUGUGCCCGAUCCUGCUGACGCAGCCGGCCGAGGACCGGUGGACGCCGGAGCACCUCAGCAACCUGAUCCUCGACAGGGUCAAGAAGGUGCCGGUGACAAAGGUCACGUUGGCCAACGCGGGGCACUACCCGCUGGAAGAUCCGGGCUUGCAGGAGAUGGCGGAUGCGAUCAUCAAGUUCUUGAGGAGCUUGGAGCCAUCGGCUGAAAAACUCUGA